AUGAAUCCCCUAGAGAGGAUUCGACCGACAGCUUCAAGGAGAAGAAGACGGAUGAUAAUUGAAGACGAUGAUAAGGGACAUCAUGAUCAUGGAUUUAUCUCAUACGUGGAUGUACAUGAGCAGGGAGAGCAUAUGGAUGAGGGGCAUGAUGGAGCUGAGGAACCUGGUGAGCUCACACGGUAUCCUGGAUUACCUUAUGAUUUGUUUGUCCUUACACGAUAUCGUCACCAUGUUUCAACUAGACUAUGGUUUGGUGAGCGACCAUUGCUGAAAAUUGUUGCGCAUGGAAAGAAAAUGCAACAAUUUACUCCACCAGUACUUCCGCGACCCAUAGAGAACUGGGUGAAUUUGUCAUGUUUGAAUCCAUUACAACGGGGUAGUUUGAUGAUGAUCGACAACAACCUGAUAUAUGCGUUUGUUGAAAUAUGGCAUUCUGAGACAUCGUCAUUUCACAUACCAUUUGGUGAAAUGACGAUUACUUUGGAUGAUGUUGCCAAUCUUCUAGGAUUGCCUAUUAGGGGUGAGUUCUACAGUCCACCCAAUGUAGAUAGAGUAACGACAUGUAAUCUUGUCAUCACUCUAUUAGGAGUGACCACAAAAGAGAUAUGGAAGGAGACCAAAAAGACUAGAGGUGCGCACUAUAGUCUGGAUUGGUUGAAAGAGGUCUUCAGAUGGCAGUGUGCAACAUAG